UUGAAAUACCCGAAUUGAAAUUCUUUCUAUUUUGAAUACUAGUAUGUAAAGCUUCAGUACACUAAACUUACAGCUUUAAUAUUUACAAAAGUUUCAGACGUUUGUGAUUUUAAAGGAAUGAUAAUUACUAUUAAAGGUGUAUAAAAAUGUCAGUUUCAGAUAAAUAUCGUCUUCCAGAUGACAAGGAGACCGUGGAACCCCCGCCCGAGUACACUGUCAGUUACCCAACUGGGACCCAACAACAGUCUACAAUAAUCAUAGAUUCUUCAGCAGGGGUGUUUCAUAAAGGGGCUCGCUUUGAUGAAUUCGCUAAACCCUCCAUACCACCUCCGCCGCCCGGCUGUCCACCGAAUCACCUUCAACAAAUGCAAAUGGAGAAGGGUCAGCUGAAUGUAGUCCUUAGCAAUCCAAGCACGGGACAACAUCAUUAUGAAAACCACGGCUUCUCGGAAGAUAGCUAACCCAGGGAUGACUGCGUAUUAGUGCCAGUGAAUAAAUGUGAUAUUUUUGCUAGAAUUUGAGAGACAGAAAAUAAGCGUUGUGAACGAUUAAUUGACAAUUUUACUUUGCUUAGCAGUUCAGAGAAUGUAUGGACUGUCAUGCGUGUGAUUGACAAACUCAUGGUGGGGUGGGGGUGGGGAGAAGCUGUAAAAGUCUGAAGGCCGGACCUCUCUGUUGAUUACAGGCUCCUUAACUUUAAACCGCGAAGUCUUGUUUAUACAGUUUUGUGACAAAGACACUGUAUGUGUGAACACUAUUUAGAUGUUGAUGUUUUAAAUACUCCUUGUUCCGGAUAUGCUACGCAUUAUUGGUCAUUUUGUUUUGCUUGUACUAAAUAAAUUGACCCUUUAAAGACGCGCCACAAAA